GGUAUCAGUUGGCAGAGGCAGGCCCACAGCCUAAAUAUAGCCUCUCCUGGCCAUAAAUGGGGGCAGCCACACUCACGGGAAGAAAUUAGCUCGGCUGUCCUCAGCCAGUGCCACGCUCUCCUGUGCCUCUCCGCCCUCCGAGCCCUCGACAUGUACCUGGUGGCCCUGCCCUUCUACCAGAAGAGACACAAGCACUUCGACCAGUCGUACCGUCACAUUCAAACCAGGUACCUGCUGGACGAAUAUGCAUCCAAAAAGCGAACGUCCAGCCAGUCCUCUACCCAGAGGGCACUUACACAGAUGUCAUCUGCGCAGAGAGUGUCCAGCCAGACCUCCACCCAGAGGGCUCUCACACAGACAUUGUCUGCACAGAAAGCGUCCAGCCAGACCUCAAGGAGGGCUGCGAGCAUGAGCACAGGCGAAAAGCAGCAGGAAGAUGAGCACAGGUACCAGUCCUUGGAGGCGGCCUAUGGGGAGGCCAAGCGGCAGCGGUUCCUCAGCGAGCUGGCACAGCUGGAGCAGGACGUGCACCUGGUCCGGUCCCAUGCGCGUGACACGCUGGACAAGUACACCCUGCAGAAGACGGUGGAGGACCAGAUGGCCUGGGAGAGGCAUGUGUUCGAGGAGCGCAUGAGCCGGGCGCCUGAGAUCCUGGUGCGGCUGCGGUCACACACCGUCUGGGAGAAGAUGUCUGUGCAGCUGUGCUUCACCGUGCAGGGGUUCCCCACACCCGUGGUGCAGUGGUACAAGGACGGCAACCUGAUCUGCCAGGCCAGUGAGCCCGGCAAGUACCUCAUUGAGAGCAAGUAUGGUGUGCACACGCUGCAGAUCAACAGGGCGGACUUUGACGACACAGCCACCUACUCCGCGGUGGCCACGAACAUCCAUGGACAGGUGUCCACCAACGCUGCGGUGGUGGUGAAAAGGUUCCGUGGGGAGGAGGAGCCUUUCCACUCCGUGGGACUCCCCAUUGGGUUGCCCCUGUCCUUGGUGAUCCCAUACACCCACUUCGAUGUUCAGUUUCUGGAGAAAUUUGGAGUCACUUUCAGGAGAGAAGGGGAGACCCUCACGCUCAAGUGCACCAUGCUGGUGACGCCAGACCUGAAGAGAGUGCAGCCGCGGGCUGAGUGGUACCGGGACGACGUGCUGCUGCAGGAGUCCAAGUGGACCAAGAUGUUCUUUGGGGAAGGCCAGGCUUCGCUGUCCUUCAGCCACCUAAACAAGGAUGACGAGGGACUGUACACCCUCAGGAUCGUGUCCCGGGGCGGGGUCAGUGACCAUAGUGCCUUCCUGUUCGUCAGAGAUGCUGACCCGCUGGUCACAGGUGCUCCUGGGGCACCCAUGGACCUGGAAUGCCACGAUGCCAACCGGGACUAUGUCAUCCUGACCUGGAAGCCACCCAAUACGACCAUGGAGAGCCCGGUCAUUGGCUACUUCAUCGACCGGUGUGAGGUGGGGACCGACAGCUGGGUGCAGUGCAAUGACUCGCCAGUAAAGAUCUGCAAGUACCCCGUGACGGGCCUCAUUGAGGGUCGGUCCUACCUGUUCCGUGUGAGGGCCAUCAACAGUGCAGGUGUCAGCCGGCCCUCCAGGGUCUCUGCUGCCGUGGCUGCCCUGGACCCCACCGAUCUCAGGAGGCUGCAAGCAAUCCACUUGGAAGGAGACAAGGAAAUCGUGAUCUACAAGGAUGAUCUAGAAGGCGACAUUCAGAUCCCAGGCCCCCCGACUAAUGUGCACGCCUCAGAGAUCAGCAGGACCUACGUGGUCCUCAGCUGGGAGCCCCCUACACCCCGUGGCAAGGAGCCCUUAGUGUAUUUCAUCGAGAAGUCUGUGGUCGGCAGCGGCACCUGGCAGCGCGUCAAUGCGCAGAUGGCCGUGAGGUCCCCGCGCUACGCUGUCUUUGACCUGGCAGAUGGGAAGUCGUACGUGUUCCGGGUGCUGUCAGCCAACAAGCAUGGCCUGAGCGAUCCGUCAGAGAUCACAUCACCCAUCCAGGCACAGGACACCAUUGUGGUCCCUUCUUCGCCCGGCCGUGUGCUGGCCUCCCGGAACACCAAGACUUCCGUAGUUGUGCAGUGGGACCGACCGAAGCACGAGGAGGACCUGCUGGGCUACUACGUGGACUGCUGUGUGGCAGGCACCAACCAGUGGGAGCCGUGCAACCACAAGCCCAUCGGAUACAACAGGUUUGUGGUACACGGCUUGACCACCGGCGAGCAGUACAUCUUCCGGGUCAAAGCUGUCAACCCCGUGGGCACCAGCGAGAACUCACAGGAGUCUGAUGUCAUCAAGGUGCAAGCAGCCCUGACUGUCCCUUCCUAUCCAUAUGGAAUCACACUUCUGAACUGCGACGGCCACUCCAUGACCCUGGGCUGGAAGGUGCCGAAGUUCAGUGGUGGGGCGCCCAUCCUGGGCUACUAUGUGGACAAGCGCGAGGCGCAGCACAGGAACUGGCACGAGGUCAAUGCCUCGCCACUGCAAGACAGGAUCCUGACGGUGGAAGGCUUGACCGAAGGCUCCCUGUAUGAGUUCAAGAUCACUGCCACCAAUCUGGCGGGAAUUGGGCAGCCCUCAGACCCCAGUGAACUCUUCAAGUGCGAGGCCUGGACAGCGCCAGAGCCUGGGCCCGCCUACGACCUGACAUUCUGCGAGGUCCGGGACACGUCGCUGGUCCUGCUGUGGAAGGCACCCGUGUAUUCCGGCAGCAGCCCUGUGUCUGGGUAUUUCGUGGAUUUUAAGGAGGUGGAUUCUGGAGAAUGGAAGACUGUAAACGAGGCCACAAGUCCAAACCGCUACUUGAAGGUCUGUGAUCUGCAGAAAGGUCAGACUUAUGUGUUCAGAGUGCGAGCAGUGAACGCCAGUGGACCAGGGAAGCCUUCAGACAUGUCGGAGCCAGUGCUUGUGGAGGCCAGGCCAGGCACAAAGGAAAUCAGCGCAGGUGUGGACGAUGAGGGAAACAUCUACCUGAGCUUCGACUGCCAGGAGAUGACCGACGCCUCCCAGUUCACGUGGUGCAAAUCCUACGAGGAGAUUGCGGACGAGGACAGGUUCCGGGUCCACACCGAGGGUGACCGCUCACGGCUGUACUUUAAGACACCAGACAAAGUGGAUGUGGGGACUUACUCUGUGUCCGUGAGUGACACGGAGGGCGUGUCCUCCAGCUUUGUUUUGGAUGAAGAAGAACUUGAGCGUUUGAUGGCGUUGAGCAACGAGAUCAAGAACCCCACAAUUCCUCUGAAGUCAGAAUUAGCUUACGAGAUCCUUGAAAAGGGCCAGGUUCGCUUCUGGCUGCAGGCUGAGCACUUAUCACCAGACGCCGACUUCCGCUUCGUCAUUAACGACAGGGAAGUCUCUGACAGCGAGACACACAGAAUUAAAUGUGACAAGUCCACAGGCCUGAUUGAGAUGGUCAUGGAUCGAUUCACUAUUGAAAAUGAAGGAAGCUACACAGUGCAGAUUCACGAUGGCAAAGCCAAAAACCAGUCUUCUCUGAUUCUCAUUGGAGACGCUUUCAAGGCUAUCCUGGAGGAGGCUGAGUUUCAGAGGAAAGAGUUCCUCAGGAAGCAAGGCCCCCACUUUGCGGAGUAUUUGCACUGGGAUGUCACAGAAGAGUGCGAAGUCCGUCUUGUGUGUAAGGUUGCAAACACCAAGAAAGAAACCGUUUUCAAAUGGCUCAAGGAUGAUGUCCUAUAUGAAACAGAGACGCCACCUGACCUGGAGAAGGGGGUCUGUGAGCUGUUCAUACCUAAGUUGUCCAGGAAGGACCAUGGCGAAUACAAGGCAACCUUGAAAGACGACAGAGGUCAAGACAUAUCUAUCCUUGAGAUAGCUGGCAAAGUGUACGAGGACAUGAUCCUGGCGAUGAGUCACGUCUGUGGUAUCUCUGCCUCUCCCCUGAAGAUCCUCUGCACGCCAGAGGGAAUCCGGCUCCAGUGUUUCAUGAAGUACUUCACAGAGGAGAUGAAAGUCAACUGGUACCACAAAGAAGCCAAGAUCUCCUCCAGCGAGCACAUGCGGGUCGGGGGCAGCGAGGAAAUGGCCUGGCUGCAGAUCUGUGAGCCCACGGAGAAGGACAAGGGCAAGUACACCUUUGAGAUUUUUGACGGCAAAGACAACCAUCAUCGCUCCCUGGACCUGUCAGGACAAGCUUUUGAUGAGGCAUUCGAAGAAUUCCAGCGCCUCAAGGCUGCUGCAUUUGCAGAGAAGAAUCGUGGCAAAGUGAUUGGUGGCUUACCUGACGUGGUGACCAUCAUGGAGGGCAAGACCUUGAACCUGACCUGCACAGUGUUUGGGAACCCGGACCCCGAGGUGGUGUGGUUCAAGAAUGACAAGGACAUCGAGCUGAGCGAGCACUUCUCCGUGAAGGUGGAGCAGGCCAAGUAUGUUAGCCUGACCAUCACAAAGGUGACCUCGGAGGACUCCGGCAAGUACAGCAUCCACGUGCGGAACAAGUAUGGCGGGGAGAAGAUCGAUGUCACCGUCAGCGUGUACAAACACGGGGAGAAGAUCCCUGACAUAGUGCCGCCUCAGCAGGCCAAGCCCAAGCUCAUUCCGGCCUCCACCUCAGCCUCAGCCGAGUAGGGGCCACAGCGGCCUGGGGCCUGGGAGCUGCAUGCUGCGUGUGGGCACCAGGACCCAGGGCUCCACCUGUGGGCAGGCAGUGGCCACCUUAGGCUUCUGGGUUUUGCACGUGGUGACUGUUAGUUUGCAUCUGUCCGAGGAACUGCUGACCCCCUCAGGGAGAAGCAGCUUGUGUGGACAGGGGGUGAAGGGAGUCAGCUGGGAACACGGCUCUGCAGGAAGCGAUGCUGGCCAUGUUGUCCUGUGGUGGCUUUGGCCCUUGGGACCCAGUGGCUCUGAAGCCCAAGAGGUCGGGGAGGCCGGUGUUAGCUGGUUACUCUGUUUUCUCUUGCUUUAGACAAAUAAAGCUUCGAAAGACUC